GAUGGUCAAGUAGACUCGCCUCGCAACAUGGCAGUAACGUGCUUUUAGUGGACAGCAGUAAACAAUCCACAAUAGCAUGAAGAAAACGAAUCGCCCCGAGUCUGUCUUCAGGAAUAAUCUGCUGUUUGAAGCGUCGGUGUAAUCUAUUGCAGUUUACGGUCCGUGUGCAUUUAAAAGCAUGGUCUGGAUGUAUUGAUGACUAAGGUUACUUGGUUUCACACAAAAGACAAAGUUAUUUCGAGUCGUUUUGACCUGUGAUCAACUGAACAGUGAUGUUCUUUACGUGACAUCGCUGCUAUUUCUCUCCAAACAUAAAUUCGGAUCAGUCUGACGUCUCUUCAUCGGAACUAAUAAGCUUCGCUGUCAGAGAUGGAGGGCAUCGGGAACACCAUGCAGAAGAAAGCUGCUGAGCUGGAGCGCAUGGCCGAAGUCCUCGUUACAGGAGAACAGUUACGGCUACGGCUCCAUGAGGCUAAGUUGAUCAAAGACAGGAGGCAUCAUCUCCGCACUUACCCAAACUGCUUCGUAGCCAAGGAGAUCAUUGAUUGGCUAAUUGAGCACAAAGAAGCAUCUGACAGAGAGACUGCCAUCACGAUCAUGCAGAAACUUCUUGACCAGAGCAUCCUUCACCAUGUUUGUGACGAGCACAAGGAGUUCAAAGAUAUGAAGCUGUUCUACCGUUUCAGGAAGGACGACGGAACUUUUCCAUUGGACAGCGGAGCCAAAGUUUUUAUGAGAGGCCAACGGAUAUAUGAGAAGUUGAUGAACACAGAAAACACCCUGCUGCAGACGCGUGAAGAGGAGGGUGUGACGUAUGAGCGGACGCUGGUGGCCUUCGAGUUUAUAGACUGGCUUCUACAGGAAGGUGAAAUGCCCUCCAGAGAGGAGGCUGAGCAUUUGGGACGCAGACUGCUGGAGCAUGGCAUCAUUCAGCAUGUUUCUAACAAGCACCAUUUCGUGGAUGGCGGACUGCUUUACCAGUUCAGGAUGAAUUUCCGGCGGCGGCGGCGACUGAUAGAGCUUCUGAACGAGCGUUGUCGCAGCAUACCGGAUAACCACGACAGCCCUUUCUGUCUGCGCAAACAGGGCUCUGAGGGGGGAAACACCAGCUUCCUUUCAGUAAGUCCCACUAAAGAGAUAAAGUUGGUGUCAGCGGUACGGCGGAGCAGUAUGAGCAGUAGUUGUGGCAGCAAUGGCUACUAUAGCAGUAGCCCCACUCUCGGCAGCAGCCCCCCUGUGCUCUGCAACCCAAAGUCUGUGCUGAAGAGAGAAGUGAGCCCAGAGGAACUUCAGGCUCCUGGUGGAGUGUACAUAAAGAAGGCAUUCACAAUUGUGGGAGAUGCGGUGGGCUGGGGAUUCGUGGUGAGAGGAAGUAAACCCUGCUACAUCCAGGCAGUGGACCCUGGCGGACCCGCUGCAGCAGUGGGAAUGAAGGUGUGUCAGUUUGUGGUGGCGGUUAAUGGACUGAAUGUGCUGAAUCUGGACUACAGGACUGUCAGCAACCUCGUCCUCACUGGCCCCAGAACAGUAUUCAUGGAGGUCAUGGAGGAAGCAGAAUACUGAAGACCAGCUCACAUCAGCUCUUUAGUGUUUUUGUGCUUCUCUAUCUCUUUUUUUUUCUUCGCUGGACUUUCUUCAGCGGGUCAGUGUUCUGUUCAGUGGAAUGUUCAGAGAAGUGAACUCUUGUUUCCGUUCAUCAUUUCGAUUCAAACCAUUAGCAUGACACUAAUCCAUGCUUUGAAAUCCGUGCCUCCCAUUGGCUCCUCAUUGACUGUUACGGGUCCAUAUCAGUUAAAACUGAUAACUGGACAGAUUAUAUGGGAAAAGCAGCUGCCAAAUAUCAUUUUUAACUGAACCGAAGAAUUUAAAACACUCGUUAGGUUUGCAGAACCAGUGCCAAGCUAAUAUAUGUGUGCCAUUCAAGUGAGUGCACAAUUCAGGGCUCUUUUAUGACCGUUUCAUCAUUUCACGUUUAAGCUGUGAGAUUUGGAGAGUAAAGGAAUACCACAUUGUAUCAGGUAUUUUUUGACUUUGGUUAAUUAAUGGCGUCAGAUUGUGUGGUUGCCGGGACUUAGUAAAAUAAUAUAUAUUGACAUCCAUUCAAAUGCAGGGGACAGCCAACAACAGCACUUACAGACUUUAAGUGAAGCUUGAGAGUGAAGGUUUAAAACGCUUCGCACAUCUGAAAGAUGCUGUUGUACUGUGACUCAUGUCUUGUUUUAAAAUUAUCUUGUUAAAGAGGUUUAAAGUUUCUGUCUUUUGUCUACGUGCCAUCAAAAAGGCAAGCAGUUAACUGUAUAACGCUAAUAUUAUAUGACAUCACUGAAAAUAUAAUAUUAUAAAAGAGUCAUGGCAGAAAUGUUGUUUUACUUUACACAAGUUUGAGAAUGCAGACAAUUUAAUAAUGUGCGUUAUUAUUCCGGAUGUGUUUUUUUUUUUUAUUCAGAUAAGCUGCUACUAGUUUAGUGAUUAUCUUAAACUCUUGGUCCAUUUUGACAGAGGUUGAUAUGAAAGAGAAAAGUGGCCUAAAAACGCUAAUUAUGUAUUGUGGUCACGAUCAGAGACACUUAGGAACACAACAAUGCUCGAAACAGAGUUGUGUGUCUAGUCUGCUUUCACGUACUUGUGUAGAGUAAUUUUUGGGUCUUACUGUUUUAACCUUAAAACUUACUGCCAUGGAAAAUGUAUUAAAGUCAUGUGUUUAUAGAGUAAAUCUGUCGAUAAGACAAUAGACCAUGGAGUCACUCAUCAAAUUAUGUAACUAGUUUAAGAAAUACAUUUGUAAUUCUAAGGAUUUAUUAGAGAAAUUGGAAAUACACAGUAGUGCUGUAUAUGCAAACUCAUAUAGGCAUGUGUAUUGUACAAAGCAGGCAUCUGUAAGAAUGAAGACAUGUCAUGACAAAACAUUUCUGUAAUGUCCUCAUCUUCUCAUUCCUCUGUGGGAUAUCUUUUUUUUUUUUUUGCAGGUUGCUUGUUGUGCAAUUGUACUCAUUUGUAUCACUGAGAAUGAUAAACAACAGUCACAUGACUUUUGUUUUUAAUAGAAGUAAGCUAGAAUCGUCUGCCUUAAUGACAUGUAUUGUGCUGCUAAUUUUCACUGAUGGUCAUGUAACAUGGUAAAGUCCUCUUUUAAAGACAGUAUAGAUGAAGAUUUUGGGGGUGAUAAUGACAAUCAGCAUCAAGGUAGUUUGUUAAAUACUGGGCCAGAUACAUUAUGUGCCACAGCUUCCUCACUGCCGGAAGUCUGAGCUAAUCUAAUGUUGCUAUAGUUCUUCUAUCUUCUGUUCGGAAAUAGAAUAAAAAGGAGAGUUUCAUUUAGUUUAGUGCACAUGUGUCUGUUUAAAAGGAUAGUUCACUCCCCCCCCAAAAAUACCAAAAAUUAUCAUCAUUUGCCAAACGUCAAGUUGUUCCAAACCUUGUAUGGGUUUCUUUCUUCUGUUGAACACAAAAGAAGAUCUUUUGAAGAAUGUUUGUAACCGAACAAUUCAAUGGCUGAAGGAAACUGUUUAGUACAAGUUAUUUAUACAAGUUUGGAACAAAUGAGGGUAAGUAAAUGAUGACAGAAUUUUCAUUUUUGGGGCAAACCAUUCUAAGGAGUAUGCUCAUGGUACCAUAGUAUUUCUUUGUGCAGCUCUAAAUCAUGAUUAAUAUGUGUUUGCAUUAAAUGUUUAUUAAACGACUUUGGUGUAAAAGUU